UCCCCAGUGUCAGGAUGCACUGGAUUGCAUAGGCAGGGUAGGAAGCAUGUCAUGAGAGGUGAUGACACAGCCACGGAGCUGUGGCCACAUCCUCGCAGACUCUUGUUUUGACUGCUGGCGACUUCUUUUUGCCUCGUACGCUCCUGCUGGAGCAGAGAAAGCUAAAGAUAGCCAUCCCUAUGUUCUCUUGCUCUCCUUUUUCAGUUUGCUUUUGGAUGAUGGGAUAAUAACCAUGUGGAAGAUAUUUGAGUGGUUCCCCUGGAUUUUGCUGACAUUGUUCCUCGCACCACCUGGUUUCCCCUGAACAGGAUGGACACUCUGGAGUCAGAGCUCACCUGCCCAAUCUGCUUGGAGCUCUUUGAGGACCCACUGCUGCUCCCCUGUGCCCACAGCCUAUGUUUUGGGUGUGCUCACCGCAUCCUUGUCUCACACUGUACCACUAACGAGUCGGUUCAAAGUAUCAGCGCCUUCCAGUGUCCCACGUGCAGAUAUGUUAUAUCCUUGAGCCCUGAUCGUGGACUUGAAGGACUCAAGAGGAACGUGACCUUGCAAAACAUCAUUGAUAGAGUUCAGCAGGCCUCGACAUCAAGUGGCCUUCCUCUGCCGCUGCCCCUUCCUGCCCCUCAAAGUGGGCCCAACUCGCCUGGUGAAGAAGACAGCGAGCGGUUGGCUCUGGUCCCCGUCAGUGCAGCAAUGUCGAGCCCGGGAACGCCUCCAGAACCGGUCCAGUGCCAGUUUUGCGAGCAGGAUCCGCCAGAGGAGGCGAUCAAGACAUGCGUGACGUGUGAAGUGUCGUACUGUGAGGAGUGCCUCAGGGCCACUCACCCCAACAAGAAGCCAUUUACUGGACAUCGGCUCAUUGAGCCCAUGCCGGGCUCCCACCUGCGAGGGCUGCAAUGCUUGGAGCACGAGGAGGAGAAGGUCAACAUGUACUGUGUAACUGAUGACCAGCUCAUCUGCUCCCUCUGCAAACUGGUGGGAAGACACAGAGACCACCAAGUGGCAGCACUGAGUGAGCGCUUUGAAAAACUCAGGCAAGCGUUGGAUUCAAACCUGAGUAAUCUCAUCAAGAGAAACAACGAGCUCGAGUCGCUGAUGGGAAAACUGAUUCAGACUUGUCAGCAUGUGGAGGUGAAUGCAUCCCGCCAGGAGGGCAAGCUCUUGGAUGAGUGCGACACUUUGAUCGACAUCAUCCAGCAGAGGAGACAAAUUAUUGGCAACAAGAUUAAGGAGGGGAAAGCGCAAAGGCUACGCAAGCUAGCCCAGCAGAUCUCCAACUGUCAGCAGUGUAUCGAGAGAUCCUCUGUGCUAAUCACACAAGCUGACCAGACACUGAAAGAGGGGGACCACGCCCGCUUUCUGCAGACUGCUAAGAGCAUCAACGACAGGGUUUCCAUGGCAACUGCAUCAACCCAAGUGCUUAUUCCUGAGAUACACCUGACAGACACAUUUGACAACUUUGCCCUGGACUUCUCCAGAGAGAAGAAACUGCUGGAAAAUCUCGAUUACCUCACUGCUCCGUCUGCACCGUGCAUUAGGGAAGAGCUAUGCACAGCAUCCUAUGACACUAUCUCAGUCCACUGGACAUCUGAUGAUGAAUUCACAGUAGUGUCGUACGAACUCCAAUAUGCCAUCUUCACUGGACAGUCCAACAUUGCCAGUUUGUGCAACUCAUUGGAGAGCUGGAUGAUUGUGCCCAAUAUCAAACAGAAUCACUACACUGUACAUGGCCUGCAGAGUGGCACCAAGUAUAUCAUCGUUGUCAAGGCGAUUAACCAAGCGGGGAGUCGAAGCAGUGAACCGGGGACUCUGAAAACUAACAGUCAGCCCUUCAAGCUGGACCCCAAAUCUGCUCACAAGAAGCUAAAAAUCUCACACGACAACCUGACGGUGGAGCGUGACGAGAGCACAUCCAAAAAAGGCCACAGCCAAGAGCGCUUUUCCAGCCAGAGCAGCUACGGGGUGGUGGGGAACGUUUAUAUUGACAGUGGGCGGCACUACUGGGAGGCCAUGAUUGGGGGAAGCACUUGGUACGCCGUGGGUAUAGCAUACAAGUCAGCGCCUAAGCACGAGUGGAUCGGCAAGAACUCAUCCUCAUGGGUGCUCUGCCGUUGUAACAACUCCUGGGUGGUCCGCCACAACAGUAAAGAUCUGGCAAUUGAGCCUUCGCCCCAUCUGCGCAGAGUAGGCAUCCUCUUGGACUACGACGCUGGCCAACUGACCUUCUACGACGCCGUGGGCUCUCAGCAUUUGCACACCUUCCACAUCUCCUUCGUGCAACCCGUGUGUCCUGUGUUCAACGUGUGGAACAAGUGUCUGACAAUCCUUUCGGGCCUCCCCAUUCCUGACCAUCUGGAAGAACUAGAGCCACAAGAAUAAGCACAUCCACAAGCCAAGUAACACUUGUCCUGCACUUGAUAGUUCCUUUUACUUGCUGUGAUUUUCUUUGGCUACUUCCCCAAAAGUCAGCUACUUAGAGUUGAGAUAAUCGUACUGUAUUGUUGUUUUUGCCUCUGUGACAAUCCUAACCUGAGUGGAUGGUUAGCUCUAAACAUUCCAAAUAAAUCCACAUUUUCUUUGCAGACAUUCCCACACAACUUCAAAGGAGUUUGCACAACAGGGAUAAAGGGAGAAUGUAUGGAAAUGAUUUUCAAUUUCACACUAGCAGUGACACUGUUUUACAUUAUGGCUAUUCUUGACAAAAGGAAAUGACCAAAGUAAAUACAGCUGAACCUUGAUUUUACUGGCUUCGAUUUUAUGCGACUUUACGUCUAACGCGAUUUGGUCAUGGACCCCACUGAUUUUGAAGUAGUAUUUUAAAUGGCAGAUAUGAUGACCGUACGAACCUAAAUGACUAGUGCGUAAACCUUAGCGCUCUGCUUAUGUUAAUAGGACACGACAUCCCAACAUGAUCGCUACCCUGAUUGGUAAAAUAAUAAUUUUUAAUUGGAUUAAUUUUCACCCAGAACAAUGAUGUUCUCCAAAUGCAAACGUGUUUGUUUCUUAGUACGUAUUUCCCUACUGCAAUUUCCCGAUACACUGGCUCUGAUUUUAUUACACUUUCAAGACUAUCUCAAUAACGUGGUUUUGAGGUAACGUGAUUCCCAAAUUCUGGACCCACAAGUGCAUGUAAAAUUAAGGUUCGGCUUUUCUGUUAUCAGUACAGGUGAUUUUAUAAUAUAAUUUCUCAAAGCAUUUUGGAAAAAAAGGGGAAAAAACAGAAACAAAAACAAAUAUGUUUACUCUAUUUGGAGCUUUUGACAGCUUGUAUUGGGAAAGCAAUGAAUUUGUAUUGCUGGCAAUGAUACUUCUUGUUGGUCUGUUGAAAUGCACACUUUAUUCUCUGUUUUGGCAAACUGAGCUGUUGUUGACGACUUAUCCUGAACACACUGCACACACUUCAGAUACCGAUUUUCACACGGGUCUUAGUUGUUUGCUAAGAUAAAAAGAUUGACAGUGCCAACAAUGACCUCACAAAAUGAGAGUAGAUUUGCAGUAUUUUGUGUGAUUGUGUAUAAAUAAAUACAAAAACCUAAUAAUUUUACUUUUCAUAGGAAAUGUAAUGUUUAUGGAAAAUUAAUUUUAAACAAGACAGUUUACUUACAAAGAAGAAGAGAGACAGUUUAGAUUCUAAACCCCUUAAUUUACUUUUGAUAGCAAUCAACUGGAGCUUCUCAGUGUAAAUACUGUAAAAUUAUUUGCUUGUAUUUCCCAAUGAUGAUGUUUUGUUGUAAAACUUGGUCCAUCUUAAGGUGUGUGAAUUCUGUGUUUCCAUGGGAAUACAUUAACUAGCUGUGUCAUAUAUAUAUAUAUAUAUAUAUAUAUAUAUAUAUAUAUAUAUGAAUAAAAUAUUUGCACCAGUGUUCUAUCCUGUCUGAAUGGACAAUGGUGGAAAAUGGGGUGGGGAGUGUCGUCUUCCUCAAAAAUAAAUAUUUGCACACUGACAACUGACAUUGA